AUGACCGACUCCGGCGAUAAAGAGAAGGAAACCAAGCCGCUGAAGUCGCGCAGAGCCAGUCGCCCCAAGGUCAAAACGGGUUGUAAUAAUUGCAAAAAUCGAAGAGUCAAAUGCGACGAGACACGGCCACAAUGCAUAAAGUGUGUUCGGUCGGGUCGACAUUGCGACGGGUACCCUGCAUAUAAAAGGACGGUGGAAGUUGCCGUUCCCAUUGCUCCACGACCAGAUGGAAUCCCAUCCACGGCGAUCGCCCCAUCGUAUCCAGCUUCAUAUGCCAUAACACCAGCAGUUUCGAAGAUCGUUGCGCGCAAGCCACGGAGACCCCUCGAGCAGAGCAGGCCGACACCACCGCCUACUCCCAUUGUCCGAUUUUCUCCAACAACCUAUGCGCCUACGGUGCUACCAUUCGACGCACAAGAAGGACAAUAUUUUCAGGUCUUCAGGACACACACCGCAAGCGAACUGUCGGGCUUCUUUGAUUCGGAAUUUUGGACGCGGAGUGUGCUUCAGGAGAGUCAUUCGGAAGCAUCAAUUCGGCAUGCGGUCGUAGCAUUGGGAGCGCUGUACAAGACGCUGGAGAAGUCGUCAGAGUCACCACCAUCAUCGCCCGACAGCAAUUCUGUUGACACCGCACCAAACCAUUAUAACUUUGCAUUACAGCAGUAUGGCAAAGCCCUCGCACGAUUACGAGAGGCUUUACAGAAUAAUGAGACACGAUCCCAACGAACUAUAUUAAUAUCCGUAGUAUUAUUCACCUGCUUCGAAUCCUUCACUGGCAAUCACACAUCGGCCAUCUCACAGAUCCAGCAUGGACUCGGUCUUCUGGAAGAACGCCGGCAGCAAUCAAGACAGCAGAUGGUCGUCAAGCAGAAGGAGAUAGUCGAGGACGAGCUAGUUCAAAUGUUCACUCGUCUUGCGAUUCAAGCCAAAUCCUACGACAUGGCUUUCCAUUUUCCUCCACCUUAUGUUAUUCGUUUGACACCAGCAGCAAAUCCCGGCUCGCCACAGUCGCCAACUUCUCCGUCCGAUGCUGCCUCUACUACUUCCGUGGAGUCAGCUAUUCCAGACAUGUUUAGAACAUCGCAAGAAGCGCGGGCAUCUUUAGAUUCGCUUUGCGAGCGCAUCAUGCAGUUCCAGGAGGGACUUUCUUCGUACUAUCAAGGACCAAAUAAUAUUCUCCCUCAGUCGCUAAAAGCUUCUGGUCUGGGGUUCCGUACACAACUUGCUCAGUGGGCGGCAGCUUUUGAGCCACUUCUCGAAUCACGCCGCAGACCCAAAAUGACCAAUACAGAACGAGCAGGCAUUGAUGUGCUCAAGAUGAUGCAGCUUAUGACCUCAAUCCUUUUCCUGAUGGGAUUCAGCACAUCUGAGAUGGACUUUGACAAUCACAUGCCACAGUUCAAAGAGAUUAUCGAUCUUGCCAAGGAAGUGGUUGUUGAUGAGGAGCUGAUGCUAGCACAAUCAAAAUGUGGGAGCCCUACCAGCUGCAGGCAUCGACAACCCCACAAUAACGGCCUUCAUUUCUCUGGAUUGACCGGAUAUCAACCAGGGAUGUAUCGAGAUGAAGAUGAUUAUACCCAUAUUAAGGCUUCCUUUGCGUUGGACUUGGGAAUUGUCCCACCCUUGUUUGUGGUUGCCACAAAAUGUCGAGAUAGAAAACUUAGAAGGGAUGCAAUCAAGUUGUUACUCAACAGCCCAAGAAGAGAAGGUAUGUGGGACAGCAUACUUAGCGGACGCGUGGGGCAAUGGAUUAUGGAGAUUGAAGAGGAGGGAAUGGGCGAAUAUCUCGGAUACGGUAUGGGUACCAUGGAUGGUGCAGUCGUGCCGCAGGAUCGGAGGGUGAUGGUCAAGGAGAUUCUGUUUAAUAUGCAGAGCCGGGAGGCAACUUUGAGAUGUGGAACUCGAGGCGCCCGCGAUGGUGAUUACGACCUGAGAACGAAUGAGACGCACAUCACUUGGUAG